GAACCACACCGUCCUCAGUCCGAGUUCUUCAACAUAAAACCGAGGUCUAUUUCCGCGCCGUUUAUGUAACCAAUUCGUUAUGUAUGCUUCCGGCAGUUGGGCUAAGUGCCAUUCUAAGAACCACAUUGCAUCAAUGGCGGCACAGAGAUUCAUCAAGCGGACCUGAUCAGACAUGUAUCGUUUUAAGUGGCACGGGCAUGCAAUCAGGAUGCGGGUCAGGACGCGUACAGCACAACUUGAAGUCAUACGGCUGCGUCACUCAUCCAGAUAGAGUGGAUUGGCCCAACAGGAACCUUUCGGCCUCUCGGAUUUAAGUCCCUAUAUAUGGCAGAUCGUUCUGGACGAUAAUGGAGUGACACAUAGAACUUUUGUAAUGAGCGGUCUCAAUGGUCACACGGUAAUCAUGUUCUCCCGGCCACGAUUACAAGCUGCCAUCAUGGGCAUAGUCUCCCUGGCUACAAGCCCCGUUCAGGGUCAACUAUACGACAAGACAAUCCAAACGACCCUAGGCCCUGUCAAGGGUUUCAAGUACUUUGAUACAAACACUACUGAGACGUUUUGGAAUGUAUCGCAAGACAAUGUGGCUGCGUUCUUAGGGAUUCCCUACGCAGCUGAUACAGGGUACCAGAACAGAUGGAAGCCUCCACAGCCUCGUGACGCUUGGAACGUCAGCUUUGAAGCCACAACAUUUGGUCCCCAAUGUCCCACUACUCAUGCUCAGAAUUAUAGUGAAGACUGUCUCAGCUUGAACAUCUGGACCAGCGCCAACUCUUCCAAUAAUAAACUGCCCGUUCUAGUUUGGAACCAAGGAAGUGAAGAGACAAGCAACACUGCGUGGUGGUAUGGUGGUGGUAUGGCUCUGGAAGGAGUGGUGAUGGUUACGUUUAACCGCCGGGAUGACGUGUUGGGGUUCCUGGCUCAUCCUGAACUGAACGCUGAGGGUCUCACUUCUACUGGAUAUAAUACUUCUGGCAACUAUGGUGUUCUGGACCAUUUGGAGGUUUUGAAGUGGGUGAAGAGUAACAUCGCGAGCUUCGGUGGCGACCCCGAGCAGGUGACCAUAGCCGGACAAUCUUUCGGCUCUUCACAAGUGUACCAUGCUGUGAACAGCCCUUUGUUCGGUGGCCUAUUCCGUGGAGCAAUCUCACAGUCUGGAAUCCGGUACCCCUAUGAUACUCUACUAGCCGGACUAGCUACGUCUUAUGUGACCAUGGAUCGCGCUCUAGAGUUUGGUGUUAAUUACACCUUAGCCCAUAACGUCAGCGAUGUUGAGGGACUGCGCAAUCUAUCGCUGGAGGAGAUUCUGGUGGGAUCGGCUGAUCGUGACUAUAGCAUCUGGAACAUCACCGCGCUAUCGUGUAAUUACCCAUUGAUCUACAAGCCGGUCUUGGACGGUUACGUUCUCCCUAUGAAUUAUGUUGAACAACUGAAGCAAGGGCCGGCCAAUGAUGUACCUCUUAUCACUGGCAACACGAAAGACGAAAGUGGUGCAGCCACUUCGACCAAUUACACCGUUGAGGAAUACACUAGAUACUGCUCCUUUAAAUACGGAAACUUGUCUACGGAAUAUUUCUCGCUGUAUCCAGCAGGUGAGAACUACACAACUGCUUCCGUGUCCUGGAAUGCAGCAGCGCGCGACACGUCCCUUGUCAGCUCCUGGGCAUAUGCGAAUGAAUGGGUUCUUUCCGCCCAAAGCCCAAUUUAUACGUACUACUGGGACCAUUCCCCUCCUGGCCAAGACCAGGGCGCUUUCCAUCAGAGCGAAAUCAUGUACGCACUGAAUGCGUUGUAUGCCAAUGCCGAUAGCUACCCGUUUACUGAGGAGGAUUUUGAUAUUGCAAGACAGAUGACAAUCUACUGGACGAAUUUCAUCAAGAACAGAGACCCUAACCAAGGCGAAGAGGUCAAUCUGACUUAUUGGUACCCAAAUGAUGGCAAAAGCAACUAUGUUAUGCACCUGGGCGACGGGUGGGGCAACUACACAGUCGCUCAGUCAGAGCAAGUGAAUCUGAUUAUGGACUAUUUCUCCCAACAGAUUCCGUACUAGUCCAGUGAAGCUGCUACCGAAAUGAUAUACCAUACAAUCAUAGAUAUUCAUCAGGUAUGAAAGUUGUCAGCACAUGAGAGUCUGGGCCUUGGCCGUGGUAUUUGAUAGUAAUGCAAUAGCAUCACAAAC